CAGCACUAACUCCAGGACACACCAAAUCCAGCCGUAUACCCCACCCGACAUACAAAAUGGCUGACGCUCCUGCCCCCGCUCGCGGCGGAUUCGGUUCUCGUGGAGACCGCGGUGGUGACCGUGGACGUGGUCGCGGACGUGGCCGUGGCCGCCGUGGCGGAAAGUCUGAAGAGAAGGAAUGGCAGCCCGUCACCAAGCUCGGCCGUCUCGUGAAGGCUGGCAAGAUCAAGAGCAUGGAGGAGAUCUACCUCCACUCUCUCCCCAUCAAGGAGUUCCAGGUCGUCGACUUCUUCCUCCCCAAGCUCAAGGACGAGGUCAUGAAGAUCAAGCCCGUCCAGAAGCAGACCCGUGCCGGUCAGCGUACCCGCUUCAAGGCCAUCGUUGUCAUUGGUGACUCCGAGGGUCACGUUGGUCUCGGUAUCAAGACCUCCAAGGAAGUCGCGACUGCCAUCCGCGCCGCCAUCAUCAUCGCCAAGCUCUCCGUCGUCCCCAUCCGAAGAGGUUACUGGGGUACCAACCUCGGUGAGCCUCACUCGCUUCCCACCAAGGAGAGCGGAAAGUGCGGUUCCGUCACCGUCCGUCUCAUUCCCGCUCCCCGCGGUACUGGCCUUGUCGCUUCGCCCGCCGUCAAGCGUCUCUUGCAGUUGGCUGGUGUCCAGGACGUCUACACUGCCUCUUCCGGCUCCACCAAGACUCUUGAGAACACGCUGAAGGCUACCUUUGUUGCCGUCGCCCACACUUACGGAUUCCUCACGCCCAACCUGUGGAAAGAGAACGCUCUCCGCCCCUCACCACUUGAGGAGUACAGCGACAUUCUCCGCGAGGGCAAGAGGUACUAGAGGGAGUUUUUGGGUGACAUGGGUCUUUUCUAGCAUUCCUGGGUUAUGGCGCGAGGCAUUACAUUCGGCUCCUCACGUAUGUAUCCAACGAUAGUGCUGGGUCAACUGGCAUGAAAAUGAACAAUUUCAAUGAUGACCUUGAAGACAUGGUUUCGAUGUGUGUGACCAAGGCACCAAGCCCCGCUUUGGGUGGUCUGUGUCUGUGGCUGUAAAUGGCGUAGUGUUGGUCUUGAUUUAGUCCGACGAUAGGUCGGAGGUAUUUGAAUGGCAUGAUGACGUGAAGACGACUGAUGAAUGGUAUUGAACAAUGCAAUAUUAGCUCAA